AACCCCAUCCCUAAUCAAUCACCCAAACCGCCACCGAAACCCCAACUUCCGAACGCAUCCAGUUCGCCCGCCUCGCCGCCGGAGGAGGGAAGGAGGCGGGGGAGAGGGAGAGGCCCGCGCGUACGGAGGGCUGCGUGUUCGAUUGGAGGGGAGCGUCGGGAUGGCGUCGAUUACGCCGCCGUCUUCAUCCGUCGCCGCCCUCCGGGGCCACCCAGUGCAGUUCCUGAAAGGCGGUGCAGUCUCCAAGGAAGCAAAGGGAUCAAUUUCCUUCUUAGCAAUCGCAAAUUCAAAUAAUGCCAGUGUGAAAUGUAAGAGCUUGAGGGUAGCAGCAUCCUUGAAAAGGGAUGGUGCUUUUCCAGGCGACGGUUACUCAGGGAAUGAUAACGCACUGGUACCGAAGAGCACUUCUGUUCGCGGCCAGGACCAUACAACUGCUGAUUCUAUCCUCCCAACGGAUUCCGUUAUUGUGCCGGAAAUCAGUCAUGUUGGUUUGGCACGUGUUGCGGACAUGUUUUCAGAUGAGGACGAAGACACUGAACUAGAUUUGGAUAACCCAACUGAGGGCUUCUCAUCUAUUUCUGAGGCCAUCAAGGACAUUCAACAAGGAAAACUUGUUAUUGUUGUUGACGAUGAAUCAAGAGAAAAUGAGGGAGAUCUUAUAAUGGCUGCUUCUUUGGUUACCCCAGAGGCCAUGGCGUUUGUUGUAAGAUAUGGCACAGGAAUCGUGUGUGUUAGCAUGAAAGAGGAGGACCUUGAAAGAUUGAACCUUCCUUUGAUGGUUGCAACAAAGGAAAAUGAGGAAAAGCUCUGUACUGCAUUCACUGUUACAGUGGAUGCUAAAGAGGGAACAACAACUGGGGUAUCCGCAAAGGAUAGGGCAAAGACAGUUAUGACUCUUGCUUCUCCUGACUCUAAGCCUUCAGACUUCAAUCGACCUGGUCAUAUUUUCCCUCUGAAGUACAGGGAGGGUGGUGUUCUGAAACGCGCUGGUCACACUGAAGCAUCUGUAGAUCUUGCUGUGCUAGCAGGGUUACCUCCUGCUGCUGUCUUAUGUGAGAUUGUGGAUGAGGAUGGGUCCAUGGCUCGCCUACCAAAGCUGCGCGUAUUUGCUGAAAGGGAGAAUUUGAAGAUUAUAUCCAUUGCUGACUUGAUUAGAUAUAGGAGAAAAAGAGAUAGGCUAGUUGAACGUGCAUCUGUUGCACGAUUACCUUUGAGAUGGGGUAAUGUACGUGCUUACUGCUACAGAUCUAUUAUUGAUGGAAUAGAGCAUAUUGCAAUGGUGAAAGGGGAGAUUGGAGAUGGACAAGAUAUUUUAGUGAGGGUGCAUUCUGAAUGCCUCACAGGGGACAUUUUUGGGUCAGCAAGAUGUGAUUGUGGUGACCAGCUUGCGAUGGCAAUGGAGAUGAUUGAGAAGGCUGGAAGGGGUGUACUAGUUUAUCUUCGUGGACAUGAAGGGAGGGGCAUUGGUCUCGGCCACAAACUCCGUGCUUAUAACCUGCAAGAUGAUGGGCGUGACACUGUGGAGGCUAACGAAGAACUAGGACUGCCUGUGGACUCACGGGAAUAUGGUAUUGGUGCACAGAUAUUACGUGAUCUGGGGGUUCGUUCAAUGAAGUUAAUGACUAAUAACCCUGCAAAGUAUGGUGGUCUCAAGGGUUACGGAUUGAGCAUUGUGGGCAGGGUUCCCUUGGUAACUCCAAUUACAACCGAGAAUCGAAAAUACCUGGAAACGAAAAGAACAAAGAUGGGGCAUGUAUAUGGAUUUGCCAAUGGCCAGGCUAGCCAUCCGACGGGCAGCAAUGGUGCCAAAGGGGACCAUUAGGCCAAUUGGACUCUGGUUUACACUUACAUCCCAAUCGGUGGAAUUUGUCAAAUUAUUCUACACACAUGUUGCAGGUGAAUCAAAUUUUUUAGCUGACUGUAGGUUGAAAGACUACAAUAAUAAAGUUAUUCCCUUUAUUUGUUGUAAUCCACAGCCACACAACUGAGUUAUUACUGUAAAUAUCUACAUAAACUGCUCCCUACCGGGUACAGACUACAGGUCAUACCUGAAUUGAAAAGCCUGGGGAUAAAAAUGUCGAUUCAGAUCCAA